AUGUUUCCAGAAGAAACAAUUCGAAAGUCAAGAGCAGAAGUUAAAGUUGAUAGAAGAGUUACAAGAACGACACCAGAAAAAGAAGAUGAUGAAGAGGAUGAGAAACCAAUAGAGAAGAAACAUACUAAAAAGCCUAAAGAAGAUGAUGAUGAAGGUCCAGAGUAUGAACGAGACUUUCAAAGAGAAAUCAGAAUUGGACGCAAAAGGAAAGGCAAAAAAAUUGGUGAAGAGGUUUCCAUAAAAUUACCUAAACAAGUUCAGAAAUCAAGUAAUUUACAUUAUUCUUCGCCGUUUAUUUUAAUAAUAAUUUCUAUAUCAUUAAUAUGUGAUUAUAAUGUAUUAUAUGCUAUUUUAUCACCUACAAAGUAUAGAUUGAAAGAAUUCACUUGA